AAAGCCACAUCGGAAAAUGGCUGCAACCGGAAUUCAUCGGCUGCUACUUGUUGUUGCGCUGACGGCGGCGAUAAGUGGAGCAAGUGCCUCCAGCAUUCCGGAAGAGGUGCCCGUUCCCCUCGAGUACGACUCCCUGCACGCCAAGCACUUCGACGGGGGCGAGCACAACGCCCAGUUCGACCACGAGGCCUUCCUGGGUCCCGACGAGUCCAAGAAGUUCGACGGCCUGACGCCCGAGGAGAGCAGGCGGAGAUUGGGCCUGAUUGUGGAUCGCAUCGACGAGGACAAGGACGGAUUCGUCACGCUGGCGGAGCUGAAGAACUGGAUUGCCUACACCCAGAGGCGCUACAUCGAGGAGGACGUGGGCCGCCUGUGGAAGCAGCACAAUCCGGAGAACAACACCACCAUCAGCUGGGAUUCCUACAGGGAGACGGUCUACGGUUUCAUGAACGAUCUGAGUAGCGACGAGAGGGAGCAGGAGGAAAACGGAAUCAGCUACAAGAGCCUGCUGAAGCGCGAUCGCAACCGCUGGGCGUCGGCCGACGAGGAUUUGGAUGACAAUCUCACGCGGGAGGAGUUCACCGCCUUCCUGCAUCCCGAAGAGCAUCCCCGGAUGAAGGAGGUGGUGCUGCGCGAGACCUUCUCCGAUUUGGACAAGGACCACGAUGGCAAGAUCUCGGUGGACGAGUACAUUGGCGACAUGUACCGAGCGGCGGGCGGCGAGGAGGAUGAGGAGCCCGAGUGGGUGGCCAACGAGAGGGAAUCCUUCUCGGAGCAUCGCGACCUGGACAAAGAUGGCUACUUGAACGACGAGGAGGUGAAGCAGUGGAUUGCCCCCCACGAUUUUGAUCACUCGGAGGCGGAGGCCAAGCAUCUGUUGUUCGAGGCGGAUGCGGAUCACGAUGAUAAGCUGACCAAGGAGGAAAUUCUAGACAAAUACGACGUUUUCGUGGGCUCCCAGGCCACCGACUUUGGCGAGGCUUUGGCCCGUCACGAUGAGUUUUAGAACUAACCAAAUACCCAGCAUCCCUGAGAUUAAGAUUGAUCCUAUGAAUCUCCCAUUUCGCAUGCCAAAUAACUUGUAAAACUUGUCUAGCUCCUAAGACCAUUGAAAGUGCAUUAUAAACCGACUCGAAUGAAUAUGCGGCACCACCACAACUAA